UGGAACUUCUUCUUUUAUUUAUUUAUUUUUUAAUUUUGUCUCAUCGAUUCAAUAAAAAGUUUUACUUUUCCUUUUCCUAAACAAAAAAAUGGGCGACAAUGAAAACCAAGAAAAUAAAAGUAUUGAAGGAUAUAUUAGCUAUUUUCUACGAUUAUGAGUCCACCAUCACCAAGAUAAAAGAUGGAAAGGUUACCAGCUUCUCUACUUACACAAGCUAAAUGGGUCUUUUGCAUAUUUAACCAUACUUUCUAUUUAAACUCAAACAACUACCUCACUUAAAUCGCUCACGUUUCUCCUCCUCAUCUCUUCCAUUUCCAUCUAUUUCCAUGCCCCUCUCAAUAUCUCAAAUUUUUGUCACUAGAAUCUCUAGUGGAGCAGGUCCGACAGUAGGCCUCCAUACACCCGACGGAAACAAGACUACUCGUCUUCGAGUUGAAGACCAAUUUUGUAGUACUCGAAAUUACCAUGGCUGAAGGUAAGUAGCACAAUUGAAAUUUUAGCCCAGGAAGAUAAAAAGUUGCAGUUGGACAGAGGUAGGAUUACAUCCAUUUUAUGCAUAUCUGGUUUUUCAACUAGAAUAAGCUCUUGUUGCUUAAUGAUUUUAUGUAACUACCAAUGUUGAUUGGAUUUUUUUGCUUUAAACUAUUCUUUUCUGUUUAUAUUCUUAAAUGGAUAAGACACCACAUCCCAUUCUUUACCUCAUUCAAACGUGGUAACACUCGCAUAUGACAUCCAAACCAAUAAGAUGGCUCCAUUCCAGCACACACCAUAACGUUUCUCAUGCGGAAAGUCUCGUCUUCUGACCCCAACGGCGCAACCCCAACGGUGCAACCCCAACGCAUCUCCAUUUGUAAUUAGUGCUACCUAAUGCAAAUAUCUCUAUCAAGGGCUUAUGAUUAGUAAAUGAGCGUCGUACUAUCUUUUACUGCUUCGUCUUGCCACAAAAACCAAGUCCAUAAAGGUAUUUUCUAUUCCUUUCUCCCACUCGGAAGCUUCAUGUACUCAUAUUACAUAAGGCCAGCACAAUAUGUUUUUAUUUCAAUCAAUGUACAAAGGAGGAGUCCAUUGCAGGAAUCGACAAUUUUGAUUUUGGAGCAUCUAGAAUUCAAAUUUAAUGAGGCAACAACAUUCAUCCCUUUGGAAUGUCUGGCAUCCAGUACACAAUUUGCAGCAUUUGGCCAUUAAAAGUAUAAAUUUGGGCAAUGAAAAGGUUGGAAUCAGAAAACAUACAACUUGAAAUCAAGGUGGUUCCAAGCUUUACUGACUUGCAUGCAAGCCAGUAUAUUAAAAAACGGGAGCUUGGACAUUAAUAGGUCAAAAAUCUCAGGUGGAAGCUCUGAAAUUAUGUUCCUCCCAAUCUUCUAGCAACUUCUGUGCUUCUUCUUCUCCACCAUCAAGUUCUUCUUUCGAAUUUACAUAUCCACGUACCGAACUCCGAUUAAAAGAAUACCAUUAACAACAAGAAACUACAAAAUCAGCUUUAAAACGCCAGGCUACUAAGGAGAAGGAGCGCACGCCGGGGACAACGGUUUCGACAACUUGGGGACAACUACUUUGUCUCUUUUAUUCUGGCUUUUGGAGAAAUUUUCUGGGGAAGAAGAAGAACUAAGAAACCAUGCCGAAGAGAACGACGCAUACAUACUCGAGCGAGGAUGCCGCACCAGAUGGACCAGACUCUGAUCUCUUUGUUUACUACUGCAAGCAUUGUGGAUCGCAUGUCUUAAUCACUGAUACUCAAUUGCAGAAGAUGCCAAAAAGGAAGACUGACAAAGCUUUUGUGUUGGACAAGAAGAAACAUCUUGCAAGGUUAAAUAUCAACGAGGCAGGGAAAAUUCUAUUGAAAAGGGGUGAAGGGAAACUUGAAAGGCAAUACCGCAUGAAUUGUAUAGGCUGUGGACUCUUUGUGUGUUAUCGCUCAGAGGAAGAUUUGGAAUUUGCUUCUUUCAUAUAUGUUGUUGAUGGUGCACUUAGUACAGUGGCUGCUGAAACCAAUCCACAGGAUGCUCCUGUGCCACCCUGUAUAUCUCAACUUGAAGGUGGACUUGUCCAAGUGGCCAUAGAAGUUGAAGAUCGAGCACAGCGCUCAGCAAUUACAAGAGUAAAUGCUGACGAUGUACGUGUCGCUGUUGCAGCGCCUGCAGCACGUGGAGAAGCCAACAAUGAGCUUUUGGAGUUCAUGGGAAAAGUAUUGGGACUGAGGCUUAGCCAAAUGACUCUCCAACGGGGAUGGAAUAACAAAUCAAAGCUUCUUGUGGUUGAGGAUUUGUCUGCCAGACAGGUGUAUGAAAAGCUUCUCGAAGCUGUGCAACCUUGACCGAUGACACCGUUUAAUAGAUGAUUUUUUUUUUUCGUGUCAUCUUUUAUGCUAAGUGACUGAUGGAAAUCUUAGUUUUGUAUUGAUUUUUUUAAUUACGAAUUUGUGAAGAUUGUAUUUGAACCUGGAUUUUCUCUCUUCCAAUUUCUAGCUCGUGGAGACUCAAACUUAUGAUGCCCAUAAUCACGAUUUUAAAUCGGGUGAAUUGAUAUUUCUAUUACAUA